AUGACAGCUGAAAUAUAUCCUAACGACUAUUUUGGAGGUCCAGAAAGCCGUGAUGCUGGUCAAGAUACAAUCACAGAGAGAAACUGGUUGAUUGAAGAAAUUAUCAAACCAGAAUUACCCAAUAUCAUCGAUAAUGUUGAGAGGUGCCUUGAAAUGUUACAGAGUGAUCAAGUCUUCAAAAUCCCCAUAAGUAGUGGAGGUAGUGAAUACGGAGAUACUCCAUCUGUGAAAGGUAUUGUUGCAAGACAAGCUGGUAAAUUGGUAGAUUUCCAAGCUCUAGUUAGGUUUCCGGAAUUCCACAAAGGCAGACAAGUUUUAUUCAAGAAACAUCCAGAAUCACAAUUUCCCCUACAGCAGAUCGAAGACCUUACCUCUAACCUAAAGACAGUUUUAAACCAAUUAGAAGAACUGGAGGUGACCAAAGAUGCAGAAACUUUUAUCAGUGCCAUUGGCAAAAUAUUACAACUACUUACAAAAUCUAUUAAUCUCCUACAAAAUCCACCACGUAACCUAUCGUUCCCCGAUAAUGAUAACUAUGCUAUGAAGAAGUUGUUCCAGGAUCACGAAUCACUUUGUGAGAGUGCUCAUCAUGAAAUAAGUUUGGAAAUUGUACUUUUCAAAAAUGAAUUGUGUGUGGAUUUUAGAAAUUUGAGCAAAGUGACAAAGAAGCCCUGGUGUGAUAUUGAUUCUGAUACCGGUAAAUCAUUUAGUGACAAAAUUAAGGAUCAAUUGACGCAGGACCGGUCUAAAAAUUUAUCACAUAUCCUAAGGGAAAACGGAGUUCACAUCGAACAACCUACUUUUAUCAAUAAUAUGUUGUCGAGCUUCAAUACCCAAUGGGCCACUUUACCUCAAGCACAAUAUUUUCUCAAUAGAUGUGUCACUUUCAAUGAUAAAGUCGUCAUUGAAAUCGGUAAAGUAGCAUUAACGACCAGUGAUCCGUUUCUCAUAUCAACAUCCUCCAAAUUGAAUGCCUUGGAAAAUAGCGUCAGCAAUUACUACACAAAUUUAAAGCUUUAA